AUGCCUCCGCUCUGGGCCCUGCUGGCCCUCGGCUGCCUGCGGCUUGGCGUGGGUGUGAACCUCCAGCCCCAACUGGCCAGCAUGACCUUUGCCACCAACAACCCCACCCUCACCACUGUGGCCUUGGAAAAGCCGCUCUGCACGUUUGACAGCUCAGCAGCCCUCGACGGCACCUAUGAGAUCUACCUCUAUGUCCUUGUCGACCUAGCGAGCUCCAGGAACGCCUCCGUGCAGGACGACAGCAGGACUCCCCUGAGCUCCACAUUCCAGCAGACGGAGGGAGGGAGGACAGGCCCCUACAAGGCUGUGGCCUUUGACCUGUCCCCCUGCAGCGACUUGCCCAGCUUGGAUGCCCUAGGGGACGUGGCCCGGGCCUCGGAAAUCCUGAAUGCGUACCUCGUCAGGGUGGGUGCCAACGGGACGUGCCUGUCAGACCCCAACUUCCGGGGCCCCUGUAACCCGCCCCUGUCAGCAGCCACGGAAUACAGGUUCAAGUACGUCCUUGUCAACACGUCCACAGGCUUGGUACAGGACCAGACCCUGUGGUCAGACCCCAUCCGCACCAACCGGCUCACCCCAUACUCAGCAAUCGACACGUGGCCCGGCCGGAGAAGCGGAGGCAUGGUCGUCAUCACGUCCAUCUUGGGCUCCCUGCCCUUCUUCCUACUUGUCGCCUUUGCUGGUGCCGUCGUCCUCAGCCUUUUGGACACAGGCAGCUCGGACAGGGAAACGACACACGACUCCCAGAUCACGCAGGAGGCCGUCCCUAGCUCCCUGGGGACCUCGGAGGCUGCGUACACAUCUGUGAACCGGGGGCCGCCGCUGGACCGGGCCAAGGUGUACACCAGCAAGCUCCAGGACUGA